UUCCGACGGUUUGUCCCAUGGCGCGGGAUUGUGAGGGAUUAGGAACGAAUUCUGGAUCGUGACUUCGAUUUCCUCGCUGUGCAGUUCCUUUCCCCGCCCCCCUUCGGAUCCCUCCGAGCUGCGGCGGGAAAGUCGCGCGCCUGCGCACUAAGUAUCUGGUUCGGUCUCUGGCCCGAGGGAAGCCGGUCCUUCCCGGCUGAGCUCGCGGCCAGCGCUGGCCGGAGGAUUCCCAUUCAUUCACCCUUCUGCUCCUCCGCCCAGUACUUGUGGCCAGGGUCGUAUCAGUUCUCCGUCAACUUGCUUGGGGCCUUGGACGAGCCUCCUGGCCCUUCCUGUCAGUGGCGAAACGGUUUUCUCCCUCAAUUCUUUUCCUGACUUCAAACCGCCCCGGGCGCUCGGCCCCUCCCCCACGCGGUCCCGCUGGCUGCACCGGACUCGCAGCCUCUCCGUUUCCCACUGCGCCUGCUGCUGCGCGGGUGCCCAAGCCGGGAAAUUCUUCCUGCAGCCCCCUGCCAGUGUUUCUGAUAGGUGAAAAUAAAGCACAUGGAAUUCCUUAGACAAGGCCGCAGUAUGCCCUACUGUGGAGCUGCUUUGCUCCCCCUGUGGAUGUAACCCCUUAACUGGCAUUUUGCAUCCCAAUUGGCUUGUGAUGGAGGCGUCUUUGGGGAUUCAGAUGGAUGAGCCAAUGGCUUUUUCUCCCCAGCGUGACCGGUUUCAGGCUGAAGGCUCUUCAAAAAAAAACGAGCAGAAUUUUAAACUUGCAGGUGUUAAAAAAGAUAUUGAGAAGCUUUAUGAAGCUGUACCACAGCUUAGUAAUGUGUUUAAGAUUAAGGACAAAAUUGGAGAAGGCACUUUCAGCUCUGUUUAUUUGGCCACAGCACAGUUACAAGUAGGACCUGAAGAGAAAAUUGCUCUAAAACACUUGAUUCCAACAAGUCAUCCUAUAAGAAUUGCAGCUGAACUUCAGUGCCUAACAGUGGCUGGGGGGCAAGAUAAUGUCAUGGGAGUUAAAUACUGCUUUAGGAAGAAUGAUCAUGUAGUUAUUGCUAUGCCAUAUCUGGAGCAUGAGUCGUUUUUGGACAUUUUGAAUUCUCUUUCCUUUCAAGAAGUACGGGAAUAUAUGUUUAAUCUGUUCAAAGCUUUGAAACGCAUUCAUCAGUUUGGUAUUGUUCACCGUGAUGUUAAGCCCAGCAAUUUUUUAUAUAAUAGGCGCUUGAAAAAGUAUGCCUUGGUAGACUUUGGUUUGGCCCAAGGAACCCAUGAUACGAAAAUAGAGCUUCUUAAAUUUGUCCAGUCUGAAGCUCAGCAGGAAAGGUGUUCACAAAACAAAUCCCACAUAAUCACAGGAAACAAGAUUCCAUUGAGUGGCCCAGUACCUAAGGAGCUGGAUCAGCAGUCCACCACAAAAGCUUCUGUUAAAAGACCCUACACAAAUGCACAAAUUCAGAUUAAACAAGGAAAAGACGGAAAGGAGGGAUCUGUAGGCCUUUCUGUCCAGCGCUCUGUUUUUGGAGAAAGAAAUUUCAAUAUACACAGCUCCAUUUCACAUGAGAGCCCUGCAGUGAAACUCAUGAAGCAGUCAAAGACUGUGGAUGUACUGUCUAGAAAGUUAGCAACAAAAAAGAAGGCUAUUUCUACAAAAGUUAUGAAUAGUGGUGUGAUGAGGAAAACUGCCAGUUCUUGCCCAGCUAGCCUGACCUGUGACUGCUAUGCAACAGAUAAAGUUUGUAGUAUUUGCCUUUCAAGGCGUCAGCAGGUUGCCCCGAGGGCAGGUACACCAGGAUUCAGAGCACCAGAGGUCUUGACAAAGUGCCCCAAUCAAACUACAGCAAUUGACAUGUGGUCUGCAGGUGUCAUAUUUCUUUCUUUGCUUAGUGGACGAUAUCCAUUUUAUAAAGCAAGUGAUGAUUUAACUGCUUUGGCCCAAAUUAUGACAAUUAGGGGAUCCAGAGAAACUAUCCAAGCUGCUAAAACUUUUGGGAAAUCAAUAUUAUGUAGCAAAGAAGUUCCAGCACAAGACUUGAGAAAACUCUGUGAGAGACUCAGGGGUAUGGAUUCUAACACUCCCAAGUUAACAAGUGAGGUACAAGGGCAUGCUUCUCAUCAACCAGCUAUUUCAGAGAAGACUGACCAUAAAGCUUCUCACCUCAUACAGACACCUCCAGGACAAUACUCAGGGAAUUCACUUAAAAAGGGGGAUAGUAAUAGCUGUGAGCAUUGUUUUGAUGAGUAUAAUACCAAUUUAGAAGGCUGGAAUGAGGUACCCGAUGAAGCUUAUGACCUGCUUGAUAAACUUCUAGAUCUAAAUCCAGCUUCAAGAAUAACAGCAGAAGAAGCUUUGUGGCAUCCAUUUUUUAAAGAUAUGAGCUUGUGAUAAUGGGUCUUCAUUUAAUGUUUACUGUUAUGAGGUAGAAUAAAAAAGAAUACUUUGUAAUAGCCAUAAGUUCUUGUUUAGAGACCAGAGCAGGAUUAAUAAUUUAUUUUAACAUUUAGUGUUUGGUGGCACAUUCUAAAAUGUAGAUUAAGAAUACUUAAAAUGCCUGGGAUAGUUCUUGGGACUAACAACAUGAUCUUCUUUGAGUUAAACCUACCUAAGUAGAUUUUAGGUGGGUUCCUAUUAGGUCAGAUUUUUAGUUUCCCUAAUUACCUUUCACUGACAUAUGCAGAAAAAGGAACAGUUUUAGUUUUAAUUAAUUAAAAUUAACAGAUGUGAUGAGGAUUAAAUGAAUCAAAAGACUUAAUUUGUAGAUUCUUUUAGAGUUAUGAGCUAGGUAUAGUUUGGGGAAACUCAACCUGGUGCUGGUGUUCUAACAAUUUUGUAAGUAAAGAAGAUAAUUUCCUUUUCUAGGGGUACAUAUUAGGCCUUUUAUGAACACUAAAACAAUGAGGAAAUGUUGGUCAUGGGGCAAAGUAUCACUUAAAAUUGAAUUUAUCCAUUUUUUUAAAAUACUUCAUGAAAGCAUUUUAGUGUGAAUUGCCAUUUUUUCUUAAUGGCUUCUCGAUUUUCUUCCUUCUCUGCCCCUACCUAAAACAUUCUCCUCGGAAAUUACAUGGUGCUGACCACAAAGUUUCUGGAUGUUUUAUUAAAUAUUGCAUGUGUUUACAGUUGGGAAUUUAAAAUAAUACAUACACUGGUUGAUAAAGGGAAGCUGCAGGACCAAGGUGAAGAUUGAUAGUCCAAAUGCUUUUCUUUUUUGAGUUGUAUAUUUUUUCACACCAUCUUAGAUAUAAUUAGGUAGCUGCUGAAAGGAAAAGUGAAUACAGAAUUGACAGUAUUAUUGGAGAUUUUUCCUCUGCAUAGAGCCAUCCAGAUCUCUGUAUCCUGUUUUGACUAAGUCUUAGGUGGGUUGGGAAGACAGAUAAUGCAGUAGGCAAAGAGAAAAGGACCCAAGAUAGAGGUUUAUAUUCAGAAAUGAUAUAUAUCAAUGACAACAUAUCAAACUUCCUAUGGGAAAAAGUCUGGUGGGUGGGUCAGCUGACACAUUUCCCAUUUAGUAGUCAUAGGAUACAGAAAUAGUUUAGGGACAUAUAUUCAUUUUGUUAUUUUGAGCAUUGAUAGGUCAGUAUAUCUACCUAAUCUGUUUGGUAAGGAUAGGAUAUAUCUGUAUAAACCAUUACCAUUGAUCUGCUCUGUCUUAUGCCAUAAUCUUAAAAAUUGAAUGCUUGAAUUUGUAUAUUUAAUAAAGUUAUCCUUUUAUAUUUUUUA